AUGAACAGACUUGUUUCGCCGAAGUGUCUCAAAUGUCCUACCUUUCGCGCGGGUAGAUGCGCGGGGAAAACAGCCAAGCGACUUGUCGCAACUGAUGCACCACUCACUCGGAAGGAUAAACAGGAGGGCGAUAUUUCCUCAGUAUUCUCAACUUUCUCUGGUAGGAAGAGCGCGCCACUGCCCGAUCGUUUUCGUGACCUGAAGCGGAACUUGACCGUCGGAUUCGAAGAGGAGAUUCAGAAGUCUUGGGACGAUCUAGUUGAGACUCUGAAAGUCCGGACUGAAGAAGUCGCUACCAAGCGAGAAGCUAUCAUUCCUCAACUAAACUUUUCUGAUAUUCAAGCUGGUAAUGUAGCUCCGGCCAAUAUUGAAGCCAUUCGACGCACCGGUGUUGCCGUCAUCAGAGGAGUUGUGCCAAAAGGCGUCACUGAAGACCUCCUCUCCGAUGUUCGACAAUAUUUUGACGGGCAUGCUUUCAAAGGCUUCCCGUCUGAAGCGGAAAAGAAGGUUAUUUACGAAUCAUAUUGGAGUCCUUCACAAGUCAAGGCGAGAUCGCACCCCAAUAUGCUCGCCACGCAGUCGUGGAUGAAUCAGCUCUAUCGUGCCGAUGCAGACCAGAAGAUUGACCUCUCGGUCCCGCUUACCUAUUGUGACCGUGUUCAAAUCCGUCCACCUGGUGAUAAACACUUCGGGCUUCCACCUCACGUUGAUGGGGGAGGUGUUGAGAGAUGGGAAGACAACUCUUACAACCAUGUCUAUCGUAAGAUCUUCCAAGGAAAGUGGCGGGAGUAUAACCCAUGGGAUCUGACUGGCCGCCUUGAUGCCAACAUGAACAUGUAUGAAGCACCAGGAGGUUGUUCUGUCUUCCGAGCCUUCCAGAGCUGGCUCGGGCUGUCUCGCCAUGGACCCCAGGAAGGUACUCUUGUCGUCCAUCCCAUCCUGCAGCCCACCACUGCUUACUGGAUGCUUCGACCCUUCUUCAAACCUACUCGCAAGGGUUCCUUGGACGGAUGGAAGUUCUCCCUUGAUGAUGAAGAGGGCGAACUUUAUCUGCAUGGUGCCAACCCGGGAACUGCCCAAGAGCAUACCCCUGACCACCAUCCCCAUCUCAACCUCAGCGAAACUAUGAUCCCAUAUCCUACUGUUGAGCCAGGUGACACCGUCUUCUGGAGCGCCGAUACAAUUCACGGUACGGAGAGUCUGAACACAGGAAAGAACGAUGCUUGUGUGUUCUAUAUUCCAUCGGUCCCACUGACCCCUAACAACGCGCAAUAUGUCGCUCAGCAACGCGAUGCUUUCUUGAAGGGUGUUCCCCCACCAGACUUCCCCGGUGGUCUUGGCGAGUCUCAGUUCUCUGACAGAGCACAGGUUGGAGACAUCCAGUCUGAAGCUGGCAGAGUAGCUAUGGGUCUGGAUCCUAUCAAAGCCAAUGGCAAGAACGACAAGUUCGUGCAAGAGAUCAACAAAAUUUUGGGCCACUAA